UCAAGUUCAGAUCUGAAGGAUGGCUGCAAUGUUUUGAUCUCAUCGGAAAAGGAAAAAGGCGAAAGUGAAGAAUCGAAUUGUUCCAUUUCGAUAAUAAUACACACGCACACACACGAUGAUGCGCAUUCCGUGAACCUUCUCAUAUUUUCGAUUCGAUGGCGUCCUCCAGCACCGGCAAGAAGUACCAAGCUGAUGCUACUGAAGACGAACUCACCGAAGAAGAAGGAGUUGAAGAAGAAGAAGAAGAAGGACUUGAGCAUUUUGAUGAUUUCACCCUUGCUUCUUCAUGGGAACGGUUUAUUUCAGAAAUAGAGGCAGUUUGUCGUCUUUGGAUGUCUGAUGGUCCAAAUAAUUUAUUGAAAAAAGGUGCAGUUAUUUUGGAGAAUUCCAGUAAUUUGUACAAGGUGAAAUCUGAAAUGAAGUAUGCAUUGAAAAGUUACUGCAUGGAGUACUAUUUUGAGAACAACCCUGAUGCUCAUGCAGGAAAACCUGUGGACUGGAAUUCUAAUUUGCAUGAUAUGCAGCUAUGUUUUGGUGUAAAGGAAUUUCUGGUAAUUGCUCCUCAGAGUGCAAGUGGUGUGGUUCUUGAUGCGCCAGAGGCUAGCAAGCUCUUGAGUGCUGUUGCAAUUGCUUUGUCAAAUUGUUCAAGUUUAUGGCCAGCAUUUGUUCCAGUUCAUGAUCCUUCUCGGAAAGCUUACAUUGGAAUUCAGAGCAUGGGUACUGUAUUUACUAGGAGGUUUGAAGCGGAUCGAAUUGGUAGUCAGGUUCCAAUAAAACACAUGCAUUUGGAGGGGCUGUACGAGUUAUUUGUAUCUAAGUUUGCCUACUCCACAUUGGAUCUAUCUGUUCAUAACUUCAAAGUCCAGUUUGCAAUGAAGCUAACAUACAGAACGCUUCCCUAUGAUGAUGACUACAUGAAAGGCUUUGAUAUUGAAAAUACCAAAUCUGGAGAAAAUCUUAAUGAUGAAACGUCCAAUGGGACACAGUGGGAUGAUGAUUGUUCUUGGAGUGAAUGGUAUUCUGCCGAAGAUCCUGUUAAAGGCAUGUAG